AUGGCGACGCUGCGCCGUGGAGACGUGUUUGAUUUGUUCGCCAUGCAAAACGCGAACUUGAUCAACCUCCCGGAGAAUUACAUUAUGAAGUACUACUUCUUCCACGCGGUCUCUUGGCCGCAGCUCCUCAGCGUCUCUCACGACUCUGGAGGGAAACUCGUCGGCUACGUUCUGGCCAAACUAGAGGAAGACGAUCCUGCAGACCGACAUGGCCACGUUACGUCCGUCGCAGUUCUGCGGCAGAGCCGCAAACUCGGACUCGCCUCCAAACUCAUGAAUUUAACACAGCACGGCAUGGAGGAAGUCUUCGACGCCGAAUACGCCUCCCUCCACGUGCGCGUCACCAACCGAGCGGCCUACUCGCUCUACAAGCACACACUCGGCUACAGGAUCCACGAUGUCGACAAGGAGUACUAUGCCGAUAAGGAAGAUGCGUUCAGCAUGAGGAACUACUUCUCAGAGAAAAGGAAAACGAAGAAAGGCGCUUCUCUUGGACCAGAACCCCAGAGUGCCUCAGCGGACAGGGCAGUGGCGAAGACCAGCGAAGAAGCGAAAAACUCCGCUUCAGACGCCGCCGCGUCUCCAGGAGAUGCGAAGACCGAGGACAAGGGGCAGGAGAGUGCGACCGGCGCGAGCAGCACGGGAAAGAAGAAGAAAAAGCGAUGA